GAACACCGCGCUGAACACCGAGCCGGAGAAGAGCCAAUCGCCGCGCCGCCGAGGCGGGACUUCCGUAGUUGCUGGCUGGUUUUCCCGGCACGAGCGGAGCGGUUGUCCAGCGGCGUUCUUGUACCUUUACUGCACUGAAAAUGCACGCGGAUGCAGUCAAUUUUCCACUAACUUCUCAUCUGUCUACAUUGGCCAAUAUUCACAAGAUUUACCACACCUUAAACAAACUGAAUUUGACAGAAGACGUUGGCCAAGACGACCAGCAAUCAGGAAAUCUUCGAUCUUGCAGUUGUCUCUCCGACUGCUGUAACAAGGGAAUGCCACCCAGAAAAAAGAGGAGACCCACAGUAACAGAUGAUCUAACACCUAAAAAAAGCAGGCACGAUGGCACCAUGUAUAGGAAACAAGACUCAACUAGGAUGAAGCCUGAAGAAGAAGGGUUCUCCAGCAAGCGAUGCUUAGAAUGGUUCUAUGAGUAUGCAGGUAGUGAUGAUGUCUUAGGCCCUGAAGACAUGGAGAAAUUCUGUGAAGACAUUGGAGUAGAACCCGAAAAUGUGGUUAUGUUGGUGCUGGCCUGGAAAUUGGAUGCCCAGAGCAUGGGCUACUUCAGUCUACAAGAAUGGUUGAAAGGAAUGACCUUAUUACAAUGCGACACAACUGAAAAACUGAGAAAUUCACUAGAUUACUUGAGGUCGUUGUUGAAUGAGCCCACAAAUUUUAAACUUAUAUACAGAUACGCAUUUGAUUUUGCACGGGAAAAGGAUCAACGUAGUUUGGAGAUGAGCACUGCAAAAUGUAUGCUGGGAUUACUUUUAGGAAAAACUUGGCCACUCUUUCCAGCUUUUCAUCAGUUCCUUGAGCAAUCAAAGUAUAAAGUGAUCAACAAGGACCAGUGGUGCAAUGUGCUCGAAUUUAGCAGAACAAUUAACCUGGAUCUUGGCAACUAUGAUGAAGAUGGGGCUUGGCCAGUCUUGCUGGAUGAAUUUGUGGAAUGGUUUAAAGACAGACAGAUGUCCUAGCACUUUAACUUCAGGAACAACAUCUAUAUUCAAAAUUAGCCAUAAAAGACCUAGGAAAACAAAUUUGAAGAAUGUUUUUGUUUUAUGCCCUCCCCCCCCAAAAAAAAACAUGACUUGCUGUAAGCAUUAAAUAUCUACAAGCACUUAAAUCUGGUAUCAAACUUUCUUCUGAGCCUUUUGUUUUUGCUUUUUUUUGUAAUGGGACUACAUCAGUGGUACAGCAAACCACACUAUAGCUUGCUGUUGAAUUUGUGAAUCGUGUUGUAAGCUGUUUUGCGCAGAAAUCUUUUUGAGGAAAGAUAAAAAAUUCUGAUGAAAAUUGUAUUAAAUGGUUAAAAGUCUUAGAUAAGUAUUUGUUGAAGACUUGUUAACUAAACCAGUAUAUGUAUGCAUUUAGAACUGUUUUGUAUAGCUUAAUCGAUGAAUCUCAAGAUUAGAUUAUUUUUAGAGUAUAAAUUGUUGGAUUGUGGUAUAGCAAAAUUUUGAUUCACUGCACCAAGCUGUAAUCUGUUGAAAUAGUGCAUCAUAAUGGGUUGUUAAAGCCCUAAUUCUUGCCUUGUCUACCCUGGCUAAUAGGCUGGGCUGCUGUUCUUUCAUGUUCUAUAUUUUGUAUAACAGCGGCAAACAUUAAAUUGGGCACAGCAGCUUGAUAGUAUUACCAGGUUUGCACGAUUUAAAAGUUAUUAGAAUGUGUGAGUGUCAGAUGUAUAAACCAACUAGUAUUCUGUUAUGUGUUCACAUCAGAAUCAUGUGAAUUGUUUUUUUUUCCCUUUCUACGGUUCAAUGAAGAGAUAAGUACUGACGGUUUUUCUGUUCUUUAAUGCAGUGUUGCAGGUCAGCUGCACUAAUCUAGCUUGGCUUUGAAUUAAACAUUUGAUUAAGAUUAAUGUAAACUGGACCAUGAUGGUGCCAUUAAAGCUGCUUUUUGAUCAUGUCAACAAUUUGUGCAUUUAAAACAGGUGAUUUUUUUUUUAGUUUGCUUUUUUCUGUUGCCUUAGACAACUCCUACCAAAGAUGUUUAUUGCCCUUCUAGCCAUAUGCAGAAAAGUCAAUAAAAUAUAGAGACCUUGUACUGCAUCUUUUCCUAUAACAAUUGACUUAUGCUUUGUAUAUUUUUCUCUCAGAUUCACGUCCAUUCAAAAACUUGUGAAUUUUUAUCCGAGAUGUGGGGCACUGAUGCUACAUUAUUGAUUGUAAUUUAAUUAUAAAUAGUAAAGCAUCUUUUAACUUUGUCCAGCAUUGAUUACGCUAUUAAGGGAAAAUACAUGUGUAUUUUUUUUUAAAAUUGGUCUUUUUCCAAUUAAACUUGCUCAUGUCGACUGUGAAUGGCAUUCUACAGAAAUGCAACAAUUUAGAUUAUUGGGAUCGCAUACCAAUUUAAUUCCUUCAGUCAAGUUCACCAACAAGAUUAAGUUAAUUGCUUGAGGCCCUCCUUUGGCCCAGACCAACCAUGAAUGUUGCUUUCUGGUUGUCUAUGUGACAUGCAAGCCAGUGCAGUACGAUAAGGAAAACAAACUAUUGUUAGGCUCCCGCUCUCUGUGCAGCUGAUGAUUCCAAAUGAAUGGCAGAGACCAAUACACUUCGGCAUCAGUGGCAUCACGGGCAUUGCCACUCAGCAUUGGACUGCCUUAAGGAUUCGAGCUCCAGAUUUUUCCUUGGCAUUUUAAUCCUGAAGUCUUCCCCAAGAGUGGGUAUAGCAACAAGGCAGCGGAGGUUUGAAAUCGAGACUUUUCCUUUUGCUGCUAAGCAUGGCUGGCAAGCCCUAUGCAAGGGAAGUGACUGGAUUUGAGGUGCCAGUUACCCGCCUGCUGUCAGUUGAAAUGGUUCCACUGUGCUCAAUAGUUAAGCUCCAUGUGAAUGUUGAGAGCUGGACUUGGUUGUCAGAGAUUAUUUGAGACGUAUACCAUUGAAAGCAUUUAAUAGGUAGAGGAAGCUUACCCCACUACUUCCCUUAGCUAUGACAACUUUAAUUGUAUUGUCUUCAAGUUAAUUUUAUUUCAGUUGUUCAUUUAGACAAUAUUGAGUAUAUUAAAAGUCUUUGAUAAUGACCUUUUUGAAGUGCUUAUGUACUGUUAUCACACUUCUUCAAAAUCAAAAUGGAAAAUGAAGUUCCAUGAAUUUAUAACAUAAAACAAAGGCUGUUUAGUUUCCACUUUGAGGUUAAAAUGUUGCUGUGAUCAACAAGGAAUGCAUCAUCUGGUUGAACUAUUGUUACAUUUAGAGGUGCUUUUAAGCAGUUAACAUUGAAACAUCUUUAAAGCCUUUCUCUUGCCCAUCCCUCAUCUCCCACACCCCACCUUUUUGGACUGGAUCUAUUAUAAAGAUACAUAUUGCUUGAUUCACCUUUAGAUUAUAAUUGAUUAACUAUACUGGCUUAGUUUUCAGUCUUCCGGUAAUACACAAUCUACUCUGUUGUCUUGGAAGUUGACCUUCUCAUUCAGUUACAGAUACAUUUUAAAUAUGUAUAUCAGCAUUAAACAGUGUAGUGUAUUGAAGGAUAAGUGAUAGAAAUACAAUACCAUCUGCCAUUGGGAAUGGCCAAAGUUUUGGAAGUGUAAGAUUUAACAUAAACUAUCUUUAUUGCUUAUUUUGUAUAGUUCUCAAUUUUUCAUCUGAAAUUACCUACAAAUAGUAUAAUCUUAUCAAAGCAACAAACUAUUGGCUAGUACACCACUAAAAUGCAAAAUUCUUUGGUUAUUUCUGUAGUUGCGGCUAAGUUUACACUUUGAUUCAUGUUGAAGUACCAUAUUUCUCAUUCUUGAAAUUGGAUCAAAUAUUGCAAUCCCAGUCUGGAUGUCAUCUCUCGGGCACUUGUUUUGAAAGCUGUGGUGUAGCUGUUUUUUUUUGGAUAUUACUGCCUUGGAAAUCCCUCAACUUGUGUUCAAGAGAACCUUUACACAUUUGGCAUUCAACACACACACACUGCUUUUCACUUAUUGAUCAGUUACAAAUAUUAGAUAUUUAUCCAUCUAGAUGCAGUAAAAAUCUGCAUUGCACUUUAUAGGAGCAUUUAAUUCAAAAAAUGGUGAGAGAAAAUGCCUGAAUUGCCGAGUUAUAAUAUUUUUCGAAUGACAAUAUCCUUGUAUCAUUGACCAGUAACAGUAACUUUACUGUCAUCCUUUUUCAAAAGCAUAAAAUGGAAAAUGAAGUUUCAAGCAUCAUAAUAUGAAACACAAAAGGCUGUUUAAUUUUCACUGUGAAGACAAAACAUUUCUUUGAUCAACAAGGAAUGUAUCAUCUAAUUCAAAGAUUGUAACAUGGAUAUGCACUUUUAAGCAGCUGGUGGUUUAAUAUUGAAACACUUAAAGCCUUUCUUUCCCUUACCCCAUCCCUCAUUUCCCCAUCGCCCCAACCCCUAAUAUACUAUGAAUUUUGAUAAUUACUAAAAUUUAUAGAAUAUCACCCAUUUUAAUUUACUUCCCAUUGCUGGAAAGCCCAAAUGAGUCUUUGUAUGGAUCAUAAAGACUGCCUUAUACAAUGAAGAAGUUGAUAUUUUAGGUAAUUUUUGUGGUGACUAAACUUACAUUUUCUUCUUUCUUUGCCUGAGUGCACAAAAUUGAGGAUGAUGCAUUUUUUUCAUAUAAAGGCUCUUUCAUCAAACUUUAUUUUGUAUUUUGUCCAGUCACUGUAUGUAGCUAUACAUUUGGUCCAAUUUAUUUGAAAAAUAUUACAAAUAGAUUGAAAAUAUCAAAUUCGAUAUACUACACUUAGUCAAUAUCAAUGUAAAAUAUGUCUUGAUACAACAGAACAGUUGUUCAAAUAAGUGGUGCUCCCAUUCUUUAAGGUUUUGUAAUUUUAAAGUCCUCAUUGGAAUAGUGAAAAUAACUUGUUGGGUGAAUUGAUUUUGUAUGUUAUGCCAGCUUUUUGUUUUUGUUAGCUCACUGCUGUAUUCACAAUGUCAUUAAAUGUUGAUAAAAUUGAAA